AUGACAGUAAUCGAGCGCAAGUCCGACGACAGCUUGCAAGAGAAGGGCGUUCCCUACGCCACUCAGGAUGAGUGUAUCCUGGCCGACAUUGGUUACAAGGAGGAAUUGAAACGGCACUUUUCCGUGGUCCAAGUAUUUGGAAUCGCCUUCUCCAUCAUGGGUCUGCUACCUUCCAUUUCGUCCGUCAUUGGUUACUCUCUCACGGCUGGCCCCGUGGGAAUGGUCUGGGGAUGGUGCAUUGCCUCGGCGUGUAUUAUGGUUGUAGGUUUGGCCAUGGCCGAGCUGGGUUCCUCAUUGCCUACUUCGGGAGGUCUGUACUGGUGGACUUACCAUUUUGCACCUGAGAACGCCAAACGACCCUUGUCUUUCCUUUGCGGUUACUCCAACUCGCUGGGUCUCAUUGGAGGUCUGGUGUCUAUCGACUAUGGCUUUUCUCUCAUGCUCUUGUCUGUGGUUUCCCUGGCCACUGACGGUGAAUUUGAACCCUCCAAAUACACGGUUUACGGCGUCUUCGCAGGCGCUGUGCUGACCCACGGUCUCGCCGGCAUCCUCACCACCAAACUCAUCUCCAAGAUCCAGACUGCCUGUAUCGUGCUUAACAUUGGUAUCAUUGUUCUGGUUGUGAUUGCGCUGCCCGUCGGUGCACGUGAUCACCUCAACGACGGCAAGUUCAUCUUCACCCAGAUUGAAAACAUCUCCGAAUGGCCUACCGGCUGGAACUUCUUCCUGUCGUGGCUCGCCCCCAUCUGGACCAUUGGAGCCUUUGACAGUUGUGUCCACAUGGCUGAGGAAGCAUCCAACGCCUCUCGAGCCGUCCCUAUCGGUAUCAUUUCAUCCAUUGGCAUGUGCUGGAUCCUUGGUGUCAUUGUCAACAUCAUCUGUGCUGCUGUCAUCAACCCCGAUGUUGAGGCUAUCAUCAAUACUCCCCUCGGCCAGCCCAUGGCCCAGAUCAUCUACGACUGUCUUGGAAAGAAGUGGACCAUGGCAAUUAUGUCCAUCAUCUUCUGUCUUCAGUGGACCAUGGGUCUCAGUAUUCUGGUCGCUGGAUCUCGACAGAACUGGGCCUUUGCUCGAGAUGGCGCUCUGCCCUUCUCCGACUGGCUUAAGGUUGUCCACAAGGAGACUGGAGUGCCUCGACGAACCGUCAUCAUGGGCACCUUUGUCGGUCUGGCCAUUGGCUGCAUCUGUAUGAUUGAUGACAAGGCUGCUUACGCUCUGUUUUCUCUGCCCCCCGUCUCCAACGAUCUGGCCUGGCUCCUGCCCAUCUUCCUCAAGCUCGUGUUUGGCGCCUCCAAGUUUGUGCCCGGCCCCUUCUACCUUGGUAAGGUUCUUUCCAAGAUCAUCGGUAUCGCUGCAUCUGGAUAUCUCGUCUUUGCCAUCAUUCUGCUAAUGUUCCCCACUGCGACCCCUCACGUGACCACGGACACCAUGAACUACGUUGUGGUGCUAAACGUUGGCGUGUGGAUUGGCGCUUUGGCUUACUACUUUUUGUACGCUCGGCGAUGGUACACCGGCCCUCGAUCCAACUUGGAAGAUGAUCCUCGAGUUCUUGACGCCGUUCGAGUUGUCAACCAGGAGCUUGCCAAGGAGGAGUCCGAAAAGGCCAACGAGAAGCAGGUUGAGGAGCAUGUUGAGCGUGUCGUUAUUUAA